CCCCAUCCACAGCAGGCCAACCGUAGCUCCUCAUCAACAUAAACACUUGCACAUCUUUGUGGAAAUUAGGUUAUAGCAAUCGCGUAGGUUUUAUUUUCUUUGCCGGAUUUUCUGGAGAAUUGCUGCACGAUGGUGCUAAAUGUCUUAAGGUCAGCCACGUUUGUUUGGACCUCGGAUUUACGGCCUUGAAGUUGUCCUGCUAACGGGUGCCCAUGAUUCAGCUGGAGAAGCCGGUGCUCACUGGUACCAUGCCGGUGGUAUGGCCCACCAUCCUUGACCUGGGCAGGGAUGAGUGCAAAAGAAUUCUCCGUAAACUGGAGCUGGAGGCUUAUGCUGGGGUCAUCAGCGCCCUACGAGCCCAAGGGGACCUGACGAAGGACAAGAAGGACCUGCUGGGAGAACUCACUAAAAUCCUUGGAAUCUCAACAGAACGGCAUCGUGCAGAAGUCCGCAGGGCUGUCAACGAUGAGCGCCUCACCACCAUCGCAUAUCACAUGUCAGGUCCCAACAGUUCAUCUGAAUGGUCCAUCGAAGGACGCCGGCUCGUUCCUCUGAUGCCGAGGCUCGUCCCCCAGACGGCCUUUACAGUCACCGCUAAUGCCGUGGCCAGUGCUACAGCCAAUCAGAACGCCUCGCUCCUGCUGCCCGCCGAAACGGGAAACAAAGAAGUGGUCGUGUGUUACUCCUACACCAGCACCACCUGCACCUCCACCAGCGCCACAGCGACCAGCGGCCCCAUAGGAGCGACGGUGAAAUCUCCGCGUCCUCCCAGCCCGUCAUCCAACGUGGUGGUGCUGCCCAGCGGGAGCACCGUCUACGUGAAAAGCGUGAGUUGCUCUGAUGAAGAUGAGAAACCUCGCAAGCGAAGGCGCACGAACUCGUCCAGCUCGUCCCCGGUGAUGCUGAAAGAGGUGUCCAAGGUGUCCCCGCCGGUGUCCAAGAACAUCACGGUGCCGGUGAGCGGCAGCCCCAAGAUGAGCAACAUCAUGCAGAGCAUCGCCAACUCCCUGCCGCCCCACCUGUCCCCCGUCAAGAUCACUUUCACCAAGCCCACCAUCCAGACGACCAACACCACCACGCAGAAGGUGAUCAUCGUGACGACGUCUCCCAGCUCCAAUUUCGUGCCCAACAUCCUUUCCAAGUCGCACGCCCACAACGUCGCCAUGUCCAAGCUGGGCCACUCCUCCGUGCUGACCACGCCCACCCAGAAACAGACCGUGGUCUUCCCAACCAGCUCCAGCCCGUCCUCCAACCCCAACACUGUUGCUGUGACAACCGUGGUUUCCUCCACUCCCACGGUGGUCAUGUCCACCGUUGCCUCUGGUGGAGCUUCGGCUGGGGUGAAGGUGUCUUCGGCCAGACUUCCUUCGCCCAAGACCCUGAUGGGCUCCCCCACCCAGAUCCUGGCUCAGUUCCCCAAGCAGCAGUCACCCAAACAGCUGCAGCAGGGCUCGUCUCUCGGGGCUUCGAGCAUCAGUCAGACUCAGACCACCACCAGCUCCCCGGGGACCAAACCCACCAUUCAGAUCAAACAGGAGUCUGGUGUUAAGAUCAUCACUCAGCAGGUGCAGCCCAGUAAGAUCCUCCCCAAGCCUUCAUCAGUGGCUCUGUCCAGCAGCAGCUCUUCUCCCAUCAUGGUUGUCAGUAGCAACGGGGCCAUAAUGACCACCAAGCUGGUCACUCAGCCCACGGCUACCCAGGCCACCUACACGAGACCCACGGUCAGCCCCAACAUCAGCGCCAGGAUAUCGGCCGCCGGCGGAGGGACCACCUACGUGAAGACCACCAGCGGCAGCAUCAUCACCGUGGUGCCCAAGUCUCUGGCCACUCUGGGCGGGAAGAUCAUCAGCAGCAACAUCGUGUCAGGCACGACGACAAAGAUCACCACCAUCCCCAUGACCUCCAAGCCCAACGUCAUCGUGGUGCAGAAAACCACGGGCAAAGGAGCGACCAUCCAAGGGCUCCCGGGCAAGAAUGUGGUCACUACGCUUUUAAAUGCAGGGGGCGAGAAGGGCCUCCAGGCAGUUCAGGGGACCAAACCAGCCAUCAUCACCGCCACCAGACCCAUCACCAAGAUGAUCGUCACGCAGCCCAAAGGCAUGAGCGCCGGAUCCCAGUCCACCGCCACCAAGAUCAUCCCGACCAAGAUCGUCUACGGCCAGCAGGGUAAAACCCAGGUUCUCAUCAAGCCUAAGCCAGUCUUCCAGACGGCGGUGGUGAGCGAACAGACCAGGCAGCUGGUGACCGAGACACUGCAGCAGGUGACCCGAUCUGCAGAGCUGGGUCAGGGUCAGACCUCCGGCCAGGACGGAGCCAAAGACGAGGCCGGAAGCCUCCCGGAGGCCACCAGUGUAGCCGGCGAGGCCUCCCACAGCAGCUCGCAAGAUUCGCAGCCUGUAGUGCACUUGGUGUCCUCCAGAGAGCAGGAUUGGACCGAGCAGGAAGUGGCCGUGGAGUCGAGCCCCACUAUCAUCUACCAGGAGGUAUCAAGCGGGGAAUCCCAGUCCGCUACGUCAACCAUCAAAGCCUUUCUGGAGCUCCAGCAGACAACAGUGAAGGAGAAGGGAGAGUCCAAACCCAGGCAGCACACCAUCGACCUGAGCCAGAUGGCCGUACCCAUCCAGCUCACCCAGGAGAAGAAGCCUGGGCCCGAGUCCCCCCGACCCUCCACCUCAGAGGCUGAACCCAGCACCGAGUACGUCACAGCAGCAGGCAAAGCCAGCAGAGCGGUGGUGUCCUCGGAGGAUGAUGACUUGGUGCUGUCCUCCAGCCAGCAACUGGGGAAGCCUUAUAAAAGCGCCAGCCAGGUCACCGUGGUAACCAAACCGGUUGUCGCGGCCUGUGCAGCCGCAGCCUCGCACGUGCCCUCCGACAGUCAAGGUAAAACCGAGACUGUGCUCGAGGUGGGCGAGCUGGAAGGUGACACCUUGGACCCCCAGACGGGUUUGUUCUACCGCUCCAGCCAGCCCUCUUCAGAUCCCAUAAAGCAAACCACCAACUCUGCAGGCAAUCAGCCGUCACCCGUGAACCAGGCUGAUCAGAGCCGGCUCAGCUCCACCUCAACGCAGCAGCAGCAGCCGCAGCAGCAGCAGCAGCAGCAGCCGCCGCCUCCGCCGCCACCGCCGCAGCUACAGAGCAAACCUCAGAUCAGCCAGCCUUCCUCUUCCUCCUCCUCCACCUUCUCAUCCACUCCUCUUCUCACUAAGAAGAUCCCUAAGCUGCGAGACCAGAGUCAGCCCAAACCUCAGGCCUUAACCCAGAGCCCCAAAGACAGACCGCUAGCUGCACCGGUCCAGGCCGGGGCGAAGGUCGCGGCCCCGGGCACGCCGGCCAAGAUCCUGGUGACGCCGCAGCUCCCGAAGCUCCAGCAGGCGCCCACCUCCCACCACAGGCCGCUCCACACGCCCAUGUCCCACCCUCCCCCGCUGCAGGCGCACCACCCGGUCAGCACCGAUAAGACGGCCUCCAGCCAGCAGCCAAUCAUCACACAGAGCGCCACCUUCACCAAGAUCACCUUCGGCAGCUCCCACCACUCUGCGCCCGUCUUCAGCGGGGAGCCGCCCGCCAAGCUGGUUCCCGAGUCCAGCUCCGGGUCCUCAGGGGACAAGCCGUCCGUGUCGGACAUCCUGAAGAUCUCCAUGAUGAAGGCGGAGAUCGACCCCAGCACGGAGCCCAUGGUUGUGGAUUCCUCCAGCGACUGCGGCCCUCUGGGGAAAGCCCUGGAGGUCCAGGCCGUGUCCGGCACCCUGGACUCGGGCCAGUUCAUCAGCAGCUCCGGGGCCGCUGUGCAUCACUCCCACGCAAAAACUCAGCAGUUCAGCUGCAUGCAGGGCCUCGCAGCGCAGAGGAGCAAAGAAGAUCUGGAGGUUAUUGAGGUGAUUCCUCAGUACUCCAUCCUGCCGGACUCCAGCCAGUCCAACGUGGUCGUGGAGCCCAGCGGCUUCCUGGAGAUCACCAACUACACCAGCCAGCAGCUGGAGGAGGACAGCCCCAUGGAGCAGGAGGUGGACAGCAGCAACGACGAGGCGGCGGCGGCCAGCCCCCCCGACCGGCCGUAGCCCACUCCGACGCCACAGCACGUUUUCACUUUGAACGAGCAGACUCUGCAAGUUUGACGCCUCGGAACCAGCGCACAAAGACUGAUUACUGAUUGUUUGUGAAAUAUUAGCUUGUUAGUUUCUUCUCCUCCCAACUACUAACUACACAUGUGCUUUUUUAUUGCGAAAUGUGGGAGUGAGGUGAAAGGAUUAGUCUGGAAAACAGCCUCUCCAAACACGCCGGGCUCCAACGUGUUGACGUUUGUACUACUUGCAGAACUUUGCGAGGUAUUUACACAUUCGCAGUAUCUGGGAUUGUUCGGGGCCACGCUCGUUUCAGACAUUUCCGAGAUAUACAGCUGGCUCAGAUUACCGCAUUUAGUCGAUGGUCCCCCCCCCCACGAGUAUUUCAAAUACGUGUUGCCCAAUCACACUCGCAUCACGCACCAGUUUUGUAAAGUGAGUCAACAGCCAUAGUUUUGUCAUCAGAUUUUUCUCCUGACUGACUUUGUAACGGUAAAACUCUCCAGCGCUUACGGGAUUCGAGUUUUCAGAAGAGAAAACAAAGCUGCAGCCGACUGAACUUUCUGCGAGGAACACGAAGCAGAAACAGAGACGAGUGUCCGGGAGGAACGGAUGGAGUCCAACAUAUGUUAUUGGUCACUGAAAAUGAAAAUGUAACAAAGAAAAAAAAAAUACAUUUUUUUGUAAGAUAUAUUCUGAAGUUGAAAAAAGUUGCAGUGAUCUGUUUCGGCAUAGUGUGUUUUAAACUAUGCAUUUCGUUUUCUACCUUUCCAAGCUAGAUAUCUAGUCGAGAGAAAUCAUUUAACCUGCACAAUAAAUCAGCCAAGUAGAA